GAGGGCGAAUGGUGCCGUGCUGUGCCGGUCGCCAGCGAGGGAUUCCUCCCUCGCGUUCUGCCUGUCUACAGUUUUGGACGGCAUUUCUGCAGUGCUGCUGCGCGGUUGACGUGCAGGGAUACAAGUCCGGCUGUGGAGGCAUUACAUCGAAAUGCCGCCGUGAGGAUCAUCCAGCUGGAAGAGCCGCAACCAUUUUCGGGGCAGCGUGGUUUGUCGAUGACGCCUCAUGAUUCAAAUUACAUAACGAAAAAGUCAGCAUGUAACGCACCCAUGGCACAAAAGUCACCAAAACAAGACACUUACUGGUUUGCUCAUGCUGGCGGAGAUGCACCCAGUGAGGAUGGCACCGAACGUAGGUUAUCCCCAGACCGGAGCCCAGGGGGUGAGUCGCCCCAGCUGUCACGGGAGGAGCGGCUACGUCUCGUGAAGGUGCGGCAGGAGGAGCAGCGAGCGCGGCGCUUGCAGGAGCUGGAGCAACAGGCCCAGGCCGCUCAGCACUACCGCCAGCAGCUGGAGGAAGAGCGGCGCAGGCGCAUCGAGGAGAUGCGGCAGCGUGACCACGAGCGUCGGCUCCAGGUGGAGGAACGCAAGAGACUCAUCUGGGAAGCCGAUCACGAGCGGAAAGAAGCCAUGCUGAAGCGGAACAUGGAACGAGAAAGCAAGCUGGAUGCUCGACGCAGCACUGCGAAUCGUAUGAGCAUGAGUUUUGCUUUUGGCAGCUCUACGCCGAGGACCUUUGAUUUGGAUUUAGCCACCAUGAGCUCAGCUGGUGCCCCGGUGCUGAUGUCUGCAGCACCUCAGAGAAAAUCGGAAGAGAGAGACUUUGAGAGCAGCCGCAAGAGGGCUGCAUCAGCCUACAACUUGUGCCAAGCAGCAGAUGAGACCGACUCAUGCCCAGCUCAGGGGGCAGUGCCUGAUGUGGCAUUUGUUUCCCCCACCACUGGGGGUUGGCUUGUGGGGUCAGGGGUCACAGUGGACUCUCGCAGACGUGGCCCACAAGUGCCCUGCUUGGUGUCUGGCCCAGGAGACGACCCCAUGACGCGCAGCAUGACGGCGCUGCCGAGCCAACACAGCCGUGGCCGGCGCAAGACGGACCUGAUGCCAGUGAUCCCGUGGAACCGGAGUGCCGCCACCUCGCGUUCUCGAUCACCAGCUACAACCGCGUCCUCAGGUGUGGCUCAGCGUGCCGUGAGCAUGUCGCGUCUGGAUGUGCUUGCACAGCCCCGGCGGCCACGGCUGCUUCCGGCGAGCCCCAGCACGAGCUCUGCCCCACUGCCAAGUAUGGCUGCCAAGAGCAUGCUCAACUUGUCUUCGGGCAGCCCUCCUUCCAGGCGGGGGGUGGUGGUAGACAUGUCGCAAAGCAUGAUGUUGCCGGCCAGGGGUGGGUUGGGGGGAAGCAGCAAGCUGCGAUCGGCACGCAGCAUGAGCCAGCUGGCUAUAGCACCCCGCCCCACACGGGCCUCCCAGCUGAGAGCCACGAACCGGAUGAUGGCCGUAGGGGCAGCUACGGGCAAGGAGCAACAGUCACCAUCACGGCCUCGUUCGUCUAUGUCGGUGGCAUCGGAACACUCAGUUGCCUCCAGCCAGAUGUCCUCAUCAGUGGUGAUGCGUCCAAGGCCACCUCCACGGAAACCCAGGCCACUCAGCAUUGCUGGCACCAUCCCGGACAAAGCACUGCAAAGUAGGCAGAAUAUCCCACCAGAAGAGACAGUGGUGCCCGCAGCAGCAGCGCCUGUGGUGGUGGAGAAGAAGAAGACUGCAGUGCCCGAGGUGCCACCCAAGCCGGCCCACCUGCGCAAGCCCCAGAAGCCCCAGCCACCAGCUGCCUCGGCCUUCAGGAGGGAGCGGCCAAAGGAUCCCGUGCCUGCUUCCCUGCCAACGGCUGCGGUGGCUCCAAUUGUGGCCACUGCGGCUGCAAAGCCAGCUGCCGUAGCUGCAGCUACAGUUACAGAACCUGCCGCGGCACCCCCAGAUGUGGUUGCCUCAAAUGUUGUCGUAGCAGCAAACCAGAAACAGAGGGCGGCAGAAAGCAGCAUUCCCGAGGCACAAACGGCAGUGGCUGAGCAGGCAGCAGCUGAGGAGGUUCCCACCACCACUGGACCUGCAGUGGAGCCAACUGGCUGGCCUGAAAGUUGCACGCAGCCAGCCACGCAAGGCCUUUCAGAGCCAAGCAGUGAUGACAACCUGCCCAGCAAACCAGCACCACGUGUGAUCUCUGAGGAAGAAGCACGGGCCCUGUUGGCUGAAAAGCGCCGCUUGGCACGGGAGCAGGCCGAAAGGGAGGCCGAACUGGAGCGCCAGCGGCAGGAAGAGAUCAGGCGCCAGGAGGAGGAGCGUCUGCGGCAGGAGGAGGAGGAACAGCGGCGUGCCGAGGAGGAGCAGCUGCGCCUGGCCGAGGAAUUCCGUCGUCAGGAGGAAGAGAAACUUCAGCGGGCCAUUGAGGAGCAGCAGAAGCGGGAGGCUGAGGAGCGUGAGCGGCGGGAGCUCGAGGCCCAACAGAAGGCUGAGCGCGAGGAGCAGGAGCGCAAGGCUCGGGAGGAGGCCGAGAGGCAGCGCAAGGAGCUCGAGGAGAGGCUCAAGCGGGAAGAGGCCGAGCGGGCCGAGAGGAAAAAAAGGGUUGAAGAGAUCAUGAGCCGGACACGAAGGAGAGGCGGCAAGGACCACCCUGCUGGCAAGUUGGCUGGAAGCGACGCACAGGCAUCGCCCGAGCGGGAGAGCUCUCCGUCCGUGUCGGGCCGGUCCUCACCCCAGCUGCCGCAGGACAAGUCAUCCGACGACAAGGGCACGGCAUUGCAGCAAGAGCAUAAGCUGGAAGCAGCCGCACGGGAGCCAGAAGAUGCGGCCAAGGACAUGGGUAGUGGGGAGCAGCAGGGGGGAUCUCUAGGAAAUGUAGCAAUGCCGGCGGCUGGCUCGCCGGACUGUGUGAAUGGUAGGGAAACAAUUGUGGAGAGUGCCGAUAAUGUGGUGGACUGUAGCGGCGACGCUCAGGGUGACAGAGGAUCUUCAGUGGUGGAGGAGCCCAUGGACCAGUCUCCUCCUCAGGGCAAGUACUUCUCCCCUCCCUCCGUGGCCAGCGAAGGGACAACAGCGCCACAGCCACCCUGCACCAAUGGCUACGGCCAUGCCAACGGUGGAGGUGCCAUCAUCAAUGGUGUUGGGUCUGAGAAAGUUGCCGACUUGCUUGGCCUGGACUCUCCUCUGAAACCGGAAGUCUUGAACACUGGAAGCCAGGACGCGGAGAACCGGCGCAAUUCAGGCGACAUCAACUCCAAUCGCAUUGUGCCCACCGGGAACCCACUGAUUGGCUUUGAAGAAGACAACAGGAAUCACAGCACCAAGACCCAAGAGAUGCAGUUCACCGAUUUGCUCUCGUAAUUGGACCAGUGCUGGAGACUUCACCAAGCGGUUGAUCCCGCCCCAAGCCUUGUCUCUCCGUGUUCAGAAUGUAGGAGCCCCGACAGCACUAAGAGGCAGGACACUCAGUAGAGCUGGCUUUCGUAGGUAAACUUACCACGCUGCUCCUGCAGAAGCUGGAGUUUUUAAAUGGAAGCUGCAUAGUUUAACAACCGAGGAAAGAGCUUUUUUGUUCUUUUCAAUCACGCAGGAUGGCCUGUGGGAUUUUCUAGGUUUUGAAAUUAUUUAUCGUGCAGUGUGUGCAUACUGAAUUGAUGCACGAAGAGUCCGUGGGACGACAGGACUUUUGUUGAUGUUUUGAAACCAAGAGGGCCUCACUUUUUUUGUUCAGUUGCAGGCAUCAUGCUGUGGAAAUGGAGAGCAUUGAACUGAAACAUAAUAUUUAGGACAUUCUAAGGUUACUAAUUGUUGGCAGUGUGGUUUCUUAGCUAUGUGGGAGCUACUGUUCCUCUGGUGUGCUUUGAUUCAAACAUUGACACUGUUUCUCUGAAGUGUUGGAAAAUGUUUGUGGGCCAUUAUUAUUCGUGUUGGUUCAACAAUAACUUAUGAGACCAGCUGCAUUUUGCAGCUGUUUUGACUCUUAUGCGCUUAUUGAAUUCACACCAGUGCUCUUUCUGUGUACAGAGGUGCCGCUAGCCCAGGAGAUUCUCAGCAUGUUGAAAUGCCAGGCGGUGUUUUGUGCGAUAGUCAGCAAGAUCUUCAAGCGCCUACCACUACUUGUAAUGCGGGCUGCAUUUAGCUCUGUUGUCAUGCUUGGAAACAAAGCCUUGUGGUCUCGAACGUGUCUGUAAAUACAAGCAGCAAUUUGUCAUCUUUCUUUUCUUACUGAUGAGAGACCCCAGUCUUCAAUGCCAUGCCUAAAUUAUUUUUAGCGUGUGAACUGGGAUGUGCUCUUGUGUUUGUUUGUUUUCUUGUUCUGUAAAAAUGUAGGUAGCCACUUUGUCUGCUGUUGAUUUCUUUUACCACACCUAACUUCUGUAUGCUGUAUAGUAAAAUAAAAUAAACUAACAAUGG